AUGCUCACGAAACCCAGAUUGCCUACAUGGGGCAAUAUCACCGUCCUGCCCAUCUCCAAAGAGUUAGCUGAUACUUCGGAGCGCAGCGAUCUCAUGUCAUUGGAUCAUAUCAAUGAUGGCGCUGACGCAAAGAACAAAUACUUGGAACCCAUGGUCAGUUUCCCCCCUGUGUGUGAUUCAUCGUCCAUCCUGGAUACCUCAGAAGUCCAGGAGUUGCAAGAAGAAACAUGGGAUUCCAGCUUUGACUACGGUGAUGAUGUGACCAUGAAGCUUGGAUUGGCAGUCGAAGCCAAUGUAAACAAGACAUCACCAUGUCCUGUUUCUGCACAACAACAACCUCACCUUGAUAUUGUGGACCAACCAGAAUCUGUUCUUGUCCCACAUGCUGUCUCUCCCUCUCCUACAUCUUGCCAUCCCAUUGAUUCUUCAAUGGAGCAUCCCAACCAUGUACAAAGAAGCACAAGUGCAGAACCUGCUCCUAUCCCCAGCAACAUGCAGCUAGGUGAUGCCUACUCAUCUCCCCUUCACGUUGCCUUGAGACAUGGUACAAGCCUGCCAGUUGUGAAAGCGAUUGUCCACGCGAGCACCUCUCUACUGACACAGAAGGAUGGCCCAGAAGGUUUGAUACCCCUUACUAUGUCCUUGAAGACCAGGCCCAGAGAUUCAGAAACCCACUACUUUCUGCUACAAGCACUACCAAGGGCAGCAGCCAUUGCUUCUGACACAAGACACGACCUUCCACUCCAUGUGGCUUGCUGCGGUCCUGUUGACAUUGGUGUGAUUUCAGCUUUAAUUCAAGCCAAUCCCAUGGCAGUCUGCCAUGCCAAUGCUCAUGGUUUGACACCUCUGGAUAUCGUUGCGGAGCAGCCAGAUUCACUCUGCAAUCGGGAGCUUCUUAAACUCUUGCAGCAAGCUGCCCCAGCCAACCACGACCAAGUGAAUGAAUCAUCAGGGGCCUUCAGCGCCUGGUCAACGCAAUACGAGUCUUUCCAACAAUGGAGUGCCAGAUCACUUGACCCUUUGUCAUUUUGGCUUUCUGCACAACCGUCGCCUCCGAGCUUUGACUCUAUUUGA